AUGAGAAAUACCGACAGAGUGCCUCUUUUUCUUGAUGUUGAUGGACAAUUAAUUAAAACUAAAAAGCCGCUCUAUUUGCACGGUUAGUAAAGUCUAAGUAAGAAGCACUAGCCAAAUCCGAAUAGUGACGCGUCAUCAGUAUGGAAUUUCCGUCGUCAUUUCGUGUGGAAACCGGUGGUGAAAUGUCGCGAAAUGUCGGCUUUUUUCUCAGGCUAAGUUUAUAUCAGUAUUAGCGGAGUUCUGGCGCUCCCGACGCACCUUGAGUAAGAAAAUUUAGCUACCUAUACAUCCAAGAAACGUUGGUUCUGAGAAAAUCGUCCGUACGUCCACCGCUUCAUGUAAGCCGGGGUGAAAUUUUGCAUUUCAAGCACCCACGCGUUUCGACGGUAAAACGCAUAGCCACCAGGACUAUUAGAAAAAAAACAACAACAACAACAAAACCGAUUCUUUCUUUCGACUUUCUACAUUGGCGUGGAUAACAGAGAAAGAGCUGGAGAGAGAGAUAAAAAACAAAAGAGACCAAUUUUAUAGACAUUUCUAUAGCGGCGAUGAGAAGAAAUGCUAGCGUCCACCAAGGUGAAAAUGAGUGGCUGCGAAAAAAAAAAACGUGAACAGGAACACAUACAACAUUUCCUCCGUAAAACGUGUAAUUAGAAAAUUUAUGGAAGUUUCAACGUCGUAUGUUUUAAGAAGUUUUUUUUUUUUUUGCUUUUGUUUUUCAGAACCGUUCAAAGUAGCAAACGUUACCCCUUCAUUAGUUUCACCGGCUCAAAACAUCCACUUAACAGUCAGCGGUAUUUCCUGUCAAGAUUGGUUACAGUAUUUCGUCCGGUUUCAGACCGCAAACGGAACGAAAAAGACCCAGCAGGGGAUCUGUAAGGAUUCUGUUAUCUCGUGCUAUGUCCCUGAAUUUUCACCCAAUACACGGCUUCGGGUUGGCUUGACUCUCAGUAACAGACUGGUGGAGUGGGCUGACAGGAAGAUUCUUAUACAGUGUGAGUAAUCUUUGAUGAACCGGCAUCGAUAGGGGCGAUUAGAAAGCCACUCAAGUAGCACCACCCCCAUCCACCCACCCUUGUUCAUGUUUGUUACGUCUGUGUUGUCAGCCGAUACAUAUCACUAUAUUUGUUAAUUAUGAAAAAAGCGAAGGAGCAUAAGCUUUCAAGGUGGUGGUUUCACAUGCAUCACAUAUACAUGUACAUGUACUUCAAACCCAAAAUAAGAACGUUCACGUCUGGACCAGGCUAUUCAAAGCUGGGUUAGGAUAACCCAGGGUUAAAAAGCAAAUUCACUUUAAUUCUUUUCGCCUACAAUUUGAUAAUUGGAUGCGCUCAAAAGGAAUAGAUGCUUUUGAAAAAAAGAAAAAGGACAAAAAGAAAGCCGGAUUAAAGUUUAACUCUCGUGCUAACUGGCCUUCGAACAACUGGGCCCUGGCUUAGCGCCAGCUCAAAAUUACAUAUUCGUACAUAAAAUAUAAAAAGGUUGUAUUGUAAUUUUACUUACGAGGUAGGAGAAGGGACUUAACUUAAAAGAGGUCUUAAAACGGUCUAGUGUUUUGCGUUUCAGAUCCGAUAGACGCUAUGAAAAGUUCGGUAAAAGACGUGAAAACAAACACUACUGCAAAAGGAUCGUUUGCAUUCGUGGUAGUACUCAGAGAUCGCUUUGGAAAUCCCAUUAAAGUUCUCGAGAGAGGAAACAAGAAGCUGACAAGGGUAUUAGUUCGGUACGCGCCGAGGAACAAACCACAACAAAUGACCUUCCUAAAGUGUACCACGACCAUAAGGAAUCACGGGACUGGUGAUGAGUUUGUGUUGAGCUGCGCAGGCGCUGAAAAGGAAAGUAUCUAUUUUUAUCCUUCCAUAAACAAUGUACCACUUGGUGGGAAGGAGAGAUAUGAAGCUACAACUACCUUAUGCCCUGGAAAGAACGGUUGUGAAGGUAAUUAGCUUAUCAUGCAUACGGUUUAAGUUAUGUAUACAACAGCUAUUCCAUAUAGUGUGAACAGCAAGGGCACAGAAAUGGAGCAAGUCGUUCACACACAUCUAGUAGAGUCAUGCUUUCAAAACCUUUCACCGCCUUUUUUAGCUGCAGGCAUGCCAGACUUUCUACAUGUUUGAUGAAAGCAAUAAAUAAAGUGUGUUUAAGAGUAUGUGUUAAGCAGUUUUUAGAUUUGUUUUUCAAGAUGUGUGUAAUUGCAAGGAGUCUCAUUCGAUUUGACUCAAACUUUUUGUCACACAGCUGAGACAGAGACCCCUACACUGGUCAUAGUACUUGCUUGCCUUGGAGCAGUUCUUGUGAUAUCACUGGCGGCAGCGCUCAUAUUUGUCUGCCGCAAAGCUAAAAAGAAAAAAACAUUUGUCUUGGAGAGGACUAAGGAGUUAGAAAUGGACGUUCAGCUUUCUAAGGACGACAACGACGAACCGGUAGAGGUAGGAGCUUGUAAUUGAAAAAUUUGCUUCUUAACUCAUAUUGAACCAAUAAAAAUUCCACUCCACAAAGGUCAUGCGAUGCGUUACUAAACUUAUGCACCUAUCAAUGUAAAGCCGGCGGGGGGGGGGGGGGGGGGGGGGGGNCGAUUUGACUCAAACUUUUUGUCACACAGCUGAGACAGAGACCCCUACACUGGUCAUAGUACUUGCUUGCCUUGGAGCAGUUCUUGUGAUAUCACUGGCGGCAGCGCUCAUAUUUGUCUGCCGCAAAGCUAAAAAGAAAAAAACAUUUGUCUUGGAGAGGACUAAGGAGUUAGAAAUGGACGUUCAGCUUUCUAAGGACGACAACGACGAACCGGUAGAGGUAGGAGCUUGUAAUUGAAAAAUUUGCUUCUUAACUCAUAUUGAACCAAUAAAAAUUCCACUCCACAAAGGUCAUGCGAUGCGUUACUAAACUUAUGCACCUAUCAAUGUAAAGCCGGCGGGGGGGUGGGGGGGGGGGAGGCAGGGCAUGGGGUGGGUAUUUGACAUUUUUCAAAAAUUUGCCGUCAAAUUCCCUGCCCACGGGCAAAUCAUUCCAGUCAAAUGCAACCAAAUUUCCCCACCCCGGGCUGCACAUUGCUAUCAAAUAUCCCAAGGCAGAACCCAAGAAAGGCACAAUGAAACUAUCUCCAAAUAAAACUCUGCAAUCUUUACUUAUAAACGUUGCUGCAUCACCAAAGAUACAUGUUCCUGUUACAGCUGCAAUUAUACGUUUUAACCAUAAUCCGUGUUACACUGCGUAGAAUACAGAAACCUUUCAGGAGAAAGUCCACAUUUUGUAAGUUAAAAUAUACCAUUCUUAGUAAAGGGUACAAAGAAAGUCAGUUUUACAAGCUUUAUACAGAUCAAUUGUACUUGCAAGAAUCGACUUGGUUUCUCUUUACUUCCGUUUACUUUGAUACCAAAGUAUCUUAAGAGGUUCAAUUGAUCAAAAACAUGCUAAAACAAACGAAAUUUGAAGUCAAAACAGUGAAAUCCACUCAGCUUUCGCUUGUUCCUGUUGGCCUCCAUGAUUUCCAGAUCUUUCCAGACCGUACGGCGCAUGCGUGAAGCGUGGAGGCGGGAAACAUGUGUUCGGUAUCAGUCUUUUUCGUCCGAGUCGGCAGUCAAAUAUACCUCCACGUCGAGCGAAAAAAGAUUCAAAUAUCCCCUCCACUGGGAGAACAAGAUCAGUCAAAUGCCCUACCCCAGGGCCAACAAAGACAAUCAAAUCCCCACCCCAUGCCCUGCCUCCCCCCACCCCGCCGGCAUGACAUUGAUAGGUGCAUUAGGGGAUGGCUAAUGGAUGGAUAUUUGUCACAUGCGAGUCUGAACUUACCUUCCGAAGAAUGGCGGAGGAAGGAUAUUCUUUUCUCAAUACUGUACCCUGCGUGUGUUAUCUCCUCUUGGAAGGCGAAUUUCCACCGAUUAGGGUGUCCCGCUGGCUCCAGCAUAAUGAAAAAAAGUUUGAAAGGUACAACGAAUCGUUUCUCAACGCGAAUUUUAUGAAGACGCAAAAGUACAAGUCGAGAAUGACGACGGCUAUCUACCUGCGAUCACGCAUGUUGCACGUGGGAAAAGAAUGACCAAGUACGCUUCCUCAACAAUUAAGGGUUUUAUAUUCCGAUCAGAUUGAACAUUUAAGGUCACAUCAGUUUUAUCUCUACCUCACACAGCUUAAGGAUGUUCUUGCGUUUAUAUUGGUUUGAAACUCUUUUUUUUUACAGCAUUAAUUCCUGUGUCAAGAAGCGUCGAUGAUGUGUAGCGCGCGUAAUCCUUCGUCUUUAAUCUUCGUCCCUUUUAGUCUGUAAUACCAUUUCCGUUUUACUUCACCUUUUAACGUCAGUGUUUGCUCACUUGCCUUAAACGUAUUUUCAUUACGUAUCUUUUUUUCCAGCCCAUAAAUCGACACGAAAACUACGCGCCCGACAACAAUGUUGAAGAUAUCGCAGCAGCCAGUGCAACUCAAGAAAAUGUCUCAGAGGAUGAAAAAUCCUGUGAUGAAUCAACCACGCUAUAG